AUGCAGAGCUUCGCAAACUGGUUGCCUCCAGAGACAGCCGAGUACUUCCAGGAUCUGGUGGAAAUAACGUAUCUCCUUCCAAGAAAGAUCGCGCAGACUUUAGGAACAUCACAAUCUCAAGGCAGGAAGCAACCAUGGUCUCACAGUAGCUCACACUGGUUACACACUGCUGGAAAACUGGAAUUCAGACAAGGAAAUGUGAUCAAUAUCGCACACUUUAUUGAGUGUAGAGCUCUACCCCACAGUGCCCAUUUGAAGGCUGGAGAAAACGCGUUGGUUCAUGGGGCUAACGGAAGAGUUGCAUUAGAAGAACAUAACACACUGAAAGCAUAUGACUCAAAAGUUUUGGGCACAGCUGGUAAAGAAGGGACAAAAAUUGUUUUGAAAAAUGACAUUCUCAAAGUGUUUAAUCAGAGAGAGAUUAAUUAUAUUGAUGAAAUUAGGGUUGUCGGCAGCAGAGGUUCUUUGGAAAUAAACUCACGGGACACCUUGGCAAAAGAAUCCAGUACAUUUGGAAUUGCUCUUCUUUCACCAGCCAAGGAAGAAUUUCAGCAAAUUGCAGCAGCCCUUCAAGCUGGACUGGAGUUUAGUUGGUUGACACCUAUGACAAAGUCCGAGUAUGCACUGGAGAAGUUGGCCCAGACUAAUUUAGUGCAUUUUGUUGGACCCCUUUUUGGCUACAAUAACACCAUGAACCCGGUGGCUGAUAAACACUCCCUUAUCAUGGUUCUAGAUGCUGAGAAGUUUAAGAUCAAAGCAGUGACUGGUCAGAUCCUGCCUCUCACAGACAGCACCCUCAAACUGUACAAGGGACCGACUACUUAG